ACCAAACCAUAAACACUAAAUUUUCUCUCCUUCCCUUCGUGAGUCUUCCGGGAAAUGACCCAUCGGAAAACCCACUAGUCCUUUAGUCAUAGAGAAUCAGACUUCAGUUACAAUUCCAUGAAAAAUCAUGUCUGCUAGACUUCUUGUUCUGUGAGAGUUAAUGAUAUAUAGUUGCUGCCUACGCUUCGAUUUCCAUAAUUGAUUAUUGGAAUGCUUGCAGUGCCACCUUUAAGAAGUUCCAAUGAUGAAAGGCAGGGAGAGAUAGAGAGUUUUAGCCAACUGGGGGUCGAUGACUUCUCGGAUGUUUUCUCUUGUGGAAACUUUCUUCAAAGUAUCGAUUUCGAUGAUCUCUUCGUUGGUACUGACACUGAAUUGCUGGCCGAGUUCUCUGUCGGUGGUGGAAAAGAAUCAUUGGAAGUGAAUGCAUCUGUUUCAGUUGGCAAGGAAGAGGAGAAUGAGAGAAUAAAAGAGGAAGACAAAGCAGAUUCGGGUUCGGGUCUGGUCUUGAGUUCAAGUUGUAGCGAGGAAAUUGUGAGCAAGAAGAAUGAUGACGAACUAGCAGUUGUGAAUCCAUCUCCAAAGAUAAUCGAAAAAAUAAGAAGAAAAUCGUCGGCUCAAUCCAAGGAUUCGCAAGUGAAGCGAAAAGAAAAGGUGGAUUGGACUCCAGAGUUGCACAGGCGGUUUGUUCAAGCAGUGGAGCAGCUUGGGGUGGAUAAGGCGGUCCCUUCUCGCAUUUUAGAGCUCAUGGGGAUCGAUUUUCUCACUCGCCACAACAUUGCCAGCCACCUUCAAAAAUAUCGAUCACAUCGGAAACAUUUACAAGCGAGGGAAGUGGAAACAGCAAGCUGGAGCCAAAGAAGGAAAAUGAAUGGAGUGGUAGGAGUCAUCGGAGGAGGAGGAAGCGAAAGAGACUACAUGACCCCCUGGGUUGCACCACCACCACCACCACCACCCACCGUGGGCGGGGGUUUCCCUCCCUUUACUCCUUUGCAGCCUUUCUUCAGGCCCUUGCACGUGUGGGGACAUCCAACGGUUGAUCAAUCGCACAUGUGGCCCAAACAACUAGUUCAUUCACCGCCACCUCCUCCAUGGACAAUACAACCAUCUCCUCCUCCACCUGCCCCUUCUUACUGGAACCCAGUACUUCACCAACUAGUUCCAACUCCGACAAAUGUUCUUACACAAGGGACACCUUGCUUUCCACAACCACUGGCAACAAUGAGGUUUUCUACUCCACCAGUUCAGGGUGUUCCACCUACAGCAAUGUACAAUGUAGAUCAGAAGGGCAAUGGUAUCCCAAAUGGGCAGUCAGACUCCCUCCCUCCAUUUGACCAUCAGUCAAAAGAGAGAAUUGACGCAGCUAUUGGGGAUGUCCUAUCAGAGCCAUGGUUGCCACUUCCUCUUGGUCUAAAGCCUCCAUCUGUUGAAAGUGUGAUGGUGGAACUCCAAUGUCAAGGAAUUUCCAAAAUACCUCCUCCGCCCACUUGUGCUUAAUUCAUCUCACUUGCCACAUCCCAUUCCCAUUGAGAUCUCGAGAGGCCUUUUAAUUCUCAACCAAGAAUUCGACCACGUCUUAUCUCAAGUAAAUGUAACCACAAUUUCAAAAGAAUAACCUUUUUUA